UCAAAGAAAAGAGAUAGAUAGAUAGAUAUAUAGAGAGAGAAAAUGGCCGGAAAUGUUGAGCAGCAAGCUCUGGCGGCGCCGGGAACCGGUGGAAGCUCCAAACGCAUAGCUGCUUUGAACUUGGACGGCGAUACUCCUACUCAUAUUAUUUCCUCAGACCCGUCAAAAGAUGAAUUCCAUCACCAGAAACAUGAACAACAAAAACCAGGAUGGAGAAACUUCUUAUCGUACGUUGGUCCAGGUUUCCUUGUCUCACUAGCUUAUCUUGAUCCUGGAAAUUUGGAAACUGAUCUGCAAGCAGGAGCCAAUCAUAGAUACGAGUUGUUAUGGGUGAUCCUUAUCGGUUUGAUUUUCGCACUUAUUAUUCAAUCAUUGGCUGCAAACCUCGGUGUGUGCACAGGGAAGCACUUAUCAGAGUUAUGCAAAGCUGAGUACCCAAUAUAUGUGAAGUAUUGUCUUUGGUUGUUAGCAGAAGUCGCUGUUAUUGCUGCUGAUAUCCCCGAAGUGAUAGGGACUGCCUUUGCAUUGAACAUAUUGUUUCAUAUCCCAGUUUGGGUUGGUGUUCUUAUUACUGGUUUGAGCACUCUUUUGCUUCUUGGACUCCAAAAAUAUGGGGUGAGAAAACUAGAAUUGUUGAUAUCGAUUCUAGUAUUUCUUAUGGCCGGUUGUUUCUUCGCGGAAAUGAGUUUCGUAAAACCUCCGGCGAAAGAUGUACUCAAGGGCAUGUUUAUUCCCAAGCUUAAAGGCCACGAGGCAACUGGCGAUGCAAUCGCUUUAUUGGGUGCUCUUGUCAUGCCGCAUAAUUUGUUUCUACACUCAGCUCUUGUUCUCUCUAGGAAAAUUCCAAGCUCUAAGAGAGGAAUAAAUGAUGCUUGUCGAUACUUCCUGAUCGAGAGUGGAUUCGCUUUGUUGGUAGCGUUGUUGAUCAAUGUGGCGGUAGUGUCGGUUUCGGGGACAGUAUGUCAAGGCGACAACCUAUCUACCGACACCAUAGAGAAGUGUAGCGAUCUUACCUUAAACUCAGCUUCUUUCCUUCUUCAGAAUGUAUUAGGAAAGUCCGGCUCAAUUUUCUAUGGUAUUGCAUUAUUGGCCUCAGGCCAAAGCUCCACCAUUACUGGAACUUAUGCUGGUCAAUUCAUUAUGCAGGGUUUUCUUGACCUUAAGAUGAAGCAAUGGAUAAGGAACUUGCUAACAAGGUGCAUCGCCAUCGCCCCCAGCCUUGUUGUGUCUAUCAUAGGCGGAUCUGCAGGAGCGGGUCGCCUUAUUAUAAUCGCUUCGAUGAUACUAUCAUUUGAACUCCCAUUUGCUCUUAUACCACUUCUUAAGUUCAGCAGCAGUGCUACCAAAAUGGGACCACACAAGAACUCUAUAUAUAUUAUCGUGUUCUCGUGGACUUUGGGAUUGGGAAUUGUCGGCAUAAAUAUCUACUACUUGAGCACAGCCUUUGUGGGGUGGUUAAUACAUAGCAGCCUUCCUAAAGUAGCAAAUGUUUUCAUAGCAAUCCUCGUAUUUCCAGUGAUGGCUAUCUAUGUUAUAUCGGUUAUAUACCUUAUGUUUCGCAAGGACAAAAUGGUCACUUUCAUCGACACGUCAAAGUUCGAUCCUAACAACAACACUCAGCAAACGAGAAUGGAGAACGGGAAGGAUGUCUAUGACGAAGACUUUGUUCCAUACAGAGAAGAUUUGGCAGAUAUUCCUUUGCCUCAAUAGAAGAAAGAAAUGGAAACAAGCUUCCAUUCUCUAAAACCAAAUUUGGCUGAAUCUUGUUGUUGUGUUUUUCUUUUCUUUUUGUUUGUCUUUUGUUUUGAUUUGAAGGGUGUAUUUUAAUUUUGUUUAUAAAAAUGGAGGUAUCUUUUGAUAACCUCCAUGUCUUAUCAUAUACCAACUACUCCAACUUCUUCUAAUGAAGUUAUAAAGCUUUUUCUUACUCUAUGUCAUUUGUUACCAACUCCACUUUCUAAUGUUUUUAUAUAGCCUUUUAUGCACACUUCUAUUACAUUCAUUUUCGUUUUAUGAUAUAAAAGAAUAGAGACUGCAACAAGCCACAUUUAUAAAAUAAAAAUCACUAAAACAAACAAAAUAUUUACAUGUCCCACUUAGAUCCCUUAAGAUUAGGCAAGAUGAUGAGGGUGAAACAAUAGAGAGCCAACUAGACGAGGUUACAACUGAUGAGUGUAACUUAUUGUGUCUUAUUCUAUAUAUGAUGGUGACAACUAGGAUACUAAGAGAAUGAUAGAAAAAACUCUAAGCAAGAGUAGUUUUAUUUAUUUAAAUAGAAUUUAUGUGUAUGAAUGAAUAUAUCACGACUCUUCAC